AUGAAAACAGUCACAGACGAGGCAGGGGAAAGUGCUGGCAAAGCGUGGGCUCCUCGCAGACAGCUCCAGGUCCUCCGGCCGCAGGCGACGAAGGCAGAGCGGCUGGGGAGCGCGGAGCCCCGGCGGAGAGCGCAGCGCAGCGGCUGCGGACGCACCCCGCGGCCCGGCCCCGCGGCAGCAGCUGCCGCUGCCGCCGCCGACUCCCGGCUCUCCGGCUCGCCGCUCACCUCGGCCGCGGUCCCCGCGCGGUACCCACCUCUGCGCCGCCGUGUUGGCGUCCAGCACCCCGGCGCCCUGCAUCCACGUCCGCACCGCGUUCAUGCCGCUGCCCAGCGGCUCUUCCUUCAUGCUGCUUCCACUCCGUUGGAUGCUUUCCUGAAUCCCAAACAUGAAAACAACCUUUUCUUGUGGAAAAUCUCCUCCCCCUUGAAAAAAAUUAAAAAAAAAAAAAAAAAGGAAAGAAAAGAAAGAAAAAGAAAAGAAACAAAAACGCCAACCAGAGAUUUUUUUUUUUUCUCGGACGAUGAACUCGCACUUAGAAGAUCAAGGCGGGCUGGAAAGCAAAUUUUUAAAAAAUGUAAACCUCUGCUCAAAACUGAGCGAUAACCCGAAAAAAAGAAGAAAGGGAAAAUCCAACGAAAAGACCAAAAUAAUAAAAUUAGAGAUGUA